CAACUUCCGUGUUUACAUGGAACACAUGUAACCAGCUAAUUGGAUUUUUCAACGUGUCCGUGCAACAUGUUCUGGAACAUUCAGCGCCAUACGUGGCCUGGAACACAGCAUGUGAGUUAUUACUCUUAGCACAGAUGAAAACGAAGACCCGCGAAUUACGCGCAACACGGAGUACCGAACAGUGAAGGAACGCGACUAACUAGUCAAAAUGGGUCAGUGUCUACGUCACACAGAUUACCUUGCGCGAAAUGAGGUCACACUAUACAAUCUCAGGACUUUGACACAUAUUAUACACGAAGGAGAUGUUGACACCAUCAUAUCCUAUAUCAAGGAGAACCGCAUUUCAGAGAAGUCUUAUAAACAACUACCUAUGUAUCGAAUAGGACCUCUGGAGACGGCCUGCAGUAAAGGCUGUGUGGAUUUAAUAAAUGCAUUGAUAGAGGAGGGAUUUUCUCCCCGGGGUAUGCUGAGUGUAUCCCCCAUGAACAUCGCAUGUCAAUACAAUAACUUAGAUGUGGUGAGAACUCUUGCAGACAAGUAUCGUGUAAGUUUAAAGAAACCUGACAGAAACGGAAACACUCCAUUAAAGAGAGCAAUACAGUUUAAUUCUGUGUGUGUCUUUAAGUAUUUAAGGCAGAAGGGCAUAUCCUUGUCAGUGUUGAAUCGAGGAAGUGAAGUCUUCUUCCCUCUUCAUGAUGCAGCAAACAAAGGACAUUCUGACAUGUGCCGGCUUCUUAUAGAUGAAGGUUGUGAUGUCAAAGAGAUCUGUACUGAUGGAACCACUCCUUUACAUCUUGCUGCGAUGAAUCUCCGAGCAGAUACUUGCCGUGUGUUGUUGGAAGCCGGAGCAGACAUUAAUACCAUAUCCAUUUGUGAUGUAACAAAAACAUUCAUCGAAGGCAAUUUAAAAGGUAUUUUGAAAAAUAGAGCCUAUCUGGAUACAGUGAGGCUCCUUGUGUCCUAUGGGGCUGACCCCGAGGUUCAAGAUAACAGUGGCAAUACUCCAGUCCAUCUGGUUUUAGGGAACACUUCGGCCCUCCGGUGUUUGACCUUUGGUUUAAAUGUAGCAUUAGAUAAGGUCAACAAUAACAACCAAACUCCGUAUUCUUUGGCCCUUCAAAGUGAAGAUCUGGCAGCUGCUGCAGGUAAUCUGUUAAGGGCUGGGUACUUCCCUGUCUUGAAGGAAAGUUUGGUGAAAGUGGCGGAGGACCAUCCGUAUCUGAAGACAAGGCAUGGUCAAUACAUGCUGGGUAAUCUCAGAACAAUCACAUCCAAUCCCAGGAGUCUUCAGGACAUGUCUUGUUUCGUGCUUCGACGGCUGUUAGGUGUUAGACUUCAUCAUGUUGUCCAUCUUUUACCUCUUCCAGAGAAGCUCAAGGACAUCCUGCAGCUGAAACAUCUACUUCCACCAGCGGUGGUGCGGUCGUAUGUCUACAUAAACCAGCCUGAUAUUAGAAGCCCAUUAACUGUACAUGGAAAAGAACCAAUUUGUUCGUGAUUUACUGUAUGUUUGCCUUGUAUUUCCAUGCUGAGAAUGUAUGUUUGUGAGAAUGUAAUGAGAAUAUAAAUGUAAUGCUGAGAAUGUGUCAUGCUGAGAAUGUAAGUGUCAUGCUGAGAAUGUGUGUGUAUUGCUGUGAAUGUAAGUGUAAGUUUACGCUGUGAAAGUAAGUGUUAAAUCUGAGCUUGUAGGUCAUCAUGCUGAUAAUGAAAAUAUAAGUGUUGACACUGAAGGUGAAGGUGAUCAUGUUCAUUAUGUAAGUGUUGGCACAGAGCAUAUGGGUGAUCAUGCUGAGAAUGUAGUUGUUGGCACAGAGCAUAUGGGUGAUCAUGCUGAGAAUGUAGUUGUUGGCACAGAGCAUAUGGGUGAUCAUGCUGAGAAUGUAAGUGUUGGCACAGAGCAUAUGGGUGAUCAUGCUGAGAAUGUAAAUGUUGACACAGAGCAUAUGAAUGUACAUGUUCAUUAUGUAAGUGUAACACCAAUCAUGUGGGUGAUCAUACUGAAUAUGUAGUUGUUAACACUGAACAUGGAGGUGAUCAGGCUUAGAAUGUAAGUGUUGAUGCUGAACAUUUAGGUGAUCAUACUGAUAAUGUAAGUGUUGACACUGAGAAUGUAAGUGUUGACUCUGAAUGUGUAGGUGAUCAUGUUGAGAAUGUAAGUGUUGACACUGAACAUGUGGCUGAUCAUGCUGAGAAUGUAAGUGUUGACUCUGAAUGUGUAGGUGAUCAUUCUGAGAAUGUAAGUGUUGACUCUGAAUGUGUAGGUGAUCAUGCUGAGAAUGUAAGUGUUGACUCUGAAUGUGUAGGUGAUCAUGCUGAGAAUGUAAGUGUUGACU